UUACGGUACGGAUGUGUUGUUACAUGUUAUCUGGCUACAAUAAUACACACUUCAAGAAACCGACCCCAGCACUGGAAAAACCUACCAAAGAUGGAGCUUUCAGUCCCACUCAGGGGUACAGCUGAAGGGGAAUCACCCGAGGAGGUUGGUACGACGCUGGAUCAAGGUCAGCCAGGUGUUCCUGAGUCGUCAGGCUAUAGCUCCAGCACGUCAGCCACAGCAGAUUUAGAUCAGCCGGGUGUCCUUGAGUCGUCAGGCUAUAGCUCCAGAACGUCAGCCACAGCAGAUCUAGAUCAGCCAGGUGUUCUUGAGUCGUCAGGCUAUAGCUCCAGAACGUCAGCCACAGCAGAUUUAGAUCAACUAGGUGUCCUUGAGUCGUCAGGCUAUAGCUCCAGCACGUCAGCCACAGCAGAUUUAGAUCAACUGGGUGUUCUUGAGUCGUCAGGCUAUAGCUCCAGCACGUCAGCCACAGCAGAUUUAGAUCAACUGGGUGUUCUUGAGUCGUCAGGCUAUAGCUCCAGCACGUCAGCCACAGCAGAUUUAGAUCAGCUGGGUGUCCUUGAGUCGUCAGGCUAUAGCUCCAGCACGUCAGCCACAGCAGAUUUAGAUCAGCUGGGUGUCCUUGAGUCGUCAGGCUAUAGCUCCAGCACGUCAGCCACAGCAGAUUUAGAUCAACUAGGUGUCCUUGAGUCGUCAGGCUAUAGCUCCAGCACGUCAGCCACAGCAGAUUUAGAUCAACUGGGUGUUCUUGAGUCGUCAGGCUAUAGCUCCAGCACGUCAGCCACAGCAGAUUUAGAUCAACUAGGUGUCCUUGAGUCGUCAGGCUAUAGCUCCAGCACGUCAGCCACAGCAGAUUUAGAUCAGCUGGGUGUCCUUGAGUCGUCAGGCUAUAGCUCCAGAACUUCAGUGACAGCCGAGGGGGAGAGGCACCACGAGUGAUCGCUAGCAUGUCAAGAGACGCACCACCAGGAUAUCAUGAUGUGGAUCAGGCAGGUGUCCACGAGUCUUCGGGCUACAGCUCCAGAACUUCCAUGUUCCAUCACAGCUUCUGUGGCGGCUGUAAUGGAUGAGGGUUCUCAAACUUUGCUCGUCGUCAACACUUCGGGUGGUGGACAAUCUGGACACCACGGUACUGGUGGUUCUACAGCCAACCCUGUGAGCGACGGGCCAUCUGGUUGGCCUACAGCAAUCCCUGGCCAUCCCAGCCCACUGCAGCAGAAUGUUUUGACGAGACCUCCUGAAACACACAAUGAGCCCACCAAUGAGAUGGGAGCUAUGGCUGCUGUUGUGAUCACAGAGAACCUGACAGACAAUGCAGGUGGAAUGGUUGGCAGUUUGGGAAGCUUCGAUUUCACAACUACUUUCAUGGAUCAGCAUGUUACAGUUGAGGACGAAGAAGCUGUACAGACAAAUAACUACACAUGUGAAGAAGAAAACAUUCACCAUGAGAUCAGUGUGGAUCUGUAUAUGCAAAUUGAGCUCAGGGGAGCUGUAAGAAGAUCAGAACAAAUUGAGCUCAGGGGAGCUGUAAGAAGACCAGAACAAAUUGAGCUCAGGGGAGCGUUAAACAGACCUGCAACUGACCCAUACACCGUUUUUAAUUUCUCAAGAAGACGGCCCCGUCGUCGAGAGAGACAAAAAUGUAAAACGUGCUUCCAGUUGGAUGUUGCGACUCAAAGCUUCACGUGUGGUCACAUGACUAAUUGCUCCAGGUGCGCGCCGGUCAUGCGCAGAUGCUCUAUUUGUAUGGGAACUAUUUCCUUCUACAUAUUCAUAUAGUUGCGAUAUAAACUGUCAGAAAACCUUCAGAGACGAAACAAAAUUAAAAUCCGCUACACGGAACAUAAAGUCAAAUGUCUAUGAAAACUGGAAGCUGAGAUGGCCACAACAACAGCUUUAUAAAACUGCUUGCUGUCUAGGGAAGCUGUUGAAAGCUGUUUGUCCAAAAGCCGCUUAAAGUUCACAAGCCUACAAAAUAUCAUUACCAGAACAUAGUAAAACAUGCAGGACUUUGAUAACUGAUUAGCUUUCAAGACCUGUGAUUCAAUACCAGAGUUCCAUCUCAGGUAGCACCAGGCACCGUGCCAUGGUGAUUCUGAUACCUGAGUUACACCAGAGGUAACAGCAUGCACCGUGGCACGUAGAUCGGUUGCUUGCAGGUGUCAGCUUCUCACGAUCUGCGAGAAUCAGGUGACAAAAUUCUGGUCUGCUAACUGGCAUGACUCACAGUGAAUUAACGUUGAUUCCACCUAUCAUUCCAUCACUGUUUAGUGCCUGUAUUAUGUGUACGUUUGUAAAUAUAUGCGCAUACUCUAUACACGUUAUAUUCUUUAAGGGCCAUACAAAGGGCAAGUGCCUCAUCAAUAGCAGGGCUAUUGUUGUCAUGAUCAAAAUA